CAGCUUUUGGUUCACGUUUAGAUGGCCGUUUGUUUUCUGAUUUCCCUCCUUCUUUCCUUUGCAGCCGAAUCUCAUCAGACAAACAAAGCCGCUGUGCAAGGAACAUAGAAAUAUCGGCACCCCUAACGAUUCUCCUGUCACCCAAUUUCCUACCGACCAUUAUUGUUCCCUUGUUCUCUUGCACAUCUUUGCCGUCUCCUACUCUUACAAUGUCGCUCGCCCAGCGGCUCAACGAGCUCGCGUCGGCCAACUCUAAGGGACUUCUUGAUGACGACGACUAUAGAUUGCUUCGUCAGGACGUUUUUGAGAGGUACUCGCGCGAUACACCAGACUCGCCUGCUGCCAGCCGUGGUCGGUGUCUAAGGUACAGCAUCUUCAGCACCGUCUGGAGUGUCUUCGUCUUCGUCGGGCAAAAAGCAAGUCAACUUUCGUGGUCGCUUACACGAAGCAAGGCCUCUGUUUCUUUUGGUGUAACGAGCCUCUUCCGCCGCGCUACCAGCCGUAAACCUGCAAAAGACGACGCUCCAGCAGCUUCGUCGACUAACUCGACUAAUUCCCUUAAGCGGGCCUUCAUUCCACGCAUGCUGUCCAGAAAACAAAGUGUUGACAUGAUGUCAAUUCGUACGACGUCUUCUGGCAUUCACAAUGAUGCCUUCUCGAUGUCUUUGUACAAGACUAGUUUAGUCCCCGGAACCUUCUCGCCCCCGCGCACCCGUUCCACGUAUUCAAAACGUGUGAUUACGCCACUAUCACACCCAAAGAUUGAUCCAUCUAUCAGUGAUGAUAUCUUCGAGGACGGAGGGCUAACCACCACCAAGGGCCUCAGACAGUUCAUCAAUGAACUGGAAACAGAGCGCCAGCGAGUGUUAAAAGCCUUUGAUGAUCUCGAGAAUAGCGCAGUGGAGCGACAGCGACAUGCGAUGGCCAUCGCCCCCCUUGCAAGCACUGAAUGGCGGAGUCCGAACAAGGUCGCUUCUUCAUCAAUGCUCGAGGGUCAUAUCCCAAUCCAGGCGUCCAACGAUGCUCUAUCGGUGUGGUCCAACGUUUCUGUAACACGAAGCAAAUCAUCGUCCCAGAAACCACCUGGACCAAGUUCAAUCCGUCGCAAGGGAUCUGUUUCUUCCGUAUCAUCACAGGGCACAUCUUUGUUGUCGGUCAACCGUCCAACCAUCAGCAGCCACACCAGUCUCUCACGCAGUUCGGGACAUCUGCCUCUAGGCGUUCAUAGCAUGCGUUCUUCGGAGACCGUGGGUUUGGAAGAUGACAUGACAGACCUACAGCGAAGAAGACUAGAAGUUACCCGACGUUAUGAGGCUAGGCUGGAGUAUUUGCGAGCGAGAUUGAAAGGUGCUGAGUUGCACGAGAAGUUACUGAAGAAAUAA